AUAUAUUUGAAAAAUGUCAAAAAGCAAUCAAGAGGAUGAAUCAUAUGAUGAAGAGUAGGAAGAUGAAGAAAUAGAAAGUGUUUAGGAGAAUGGGUUAAAAUAGUUAUUUAAAAAUCAAGGUAUAUUAUGUAAAAUAACUUAAAAAUAGAGUAAUUCAUGUAAUAGAUCAAUUAUCUGAAUGAAUAAGCAGUGCUUAAAAUAAAACUUUAAAAGUUCAAAGAAGCAAUGAAGUUACUAUAAUAAUCAGAAUAGAUGUUGGAAGUAUAUUAUGAUAUUUAGAGUAGUAUGCAGCAAGUUGUGGAAAGACAAUAGAUAAAAACUUAAUAAUAGUUGUUCUUUAUAAUUAGGCUUGUGGAUACUAAUGGUAAAACAAAUAAAUAAUUUUAAGUUAAUGGGUUUUAGACAAAUGUUCCAAAUAUUUAUCUGGAGUGAUAUAUAAUAUGGAAGAAAGUAUGAAAGAGGAAGAAUAGGAUGGUACAAAUCUGACAAGCAAUUAAGAAUGUGAUGCAUCUUUAGUUAAAAAGAAGGCUUUUCUAGCUAGAACUCUUUUAUAACACACAGCAAUCUUAAGUUAAUUAGGAAAGUAUAAAUAAAUAUAAAUUUAGACAUAAAUUAGCAUUAUAAUCGGCAAGGAAAGCAGCUAGUACAAUGAGAGAAGUGUUUAAGAUAGCUUAUUAAUUUUGUAAAGAUUGGUUAAAUAAAAAUGGAUCGUUAGGAUCAGCAACAACUGCUAAUUCAAGUCUUACAAUGAAAUCAAAAUAAAAAAAUAAUAAAUUCUAGAUGAAAGAUGAAGUAGAAUUUAGUAGAUUAGUUAUUGAUACUAGUAAAGAUAUACUUUAAGAUAUGGCCAAAUAAUAAGAUUUAGAUAAUAUUACUAAUAAUGAAUAGUUAAUUUUAAGAGAAGCUAAAAAACAGUUAUAUUUUUGGAGAAAUAAUCCUGAAAAUAAUGAAAAACAUAUUCGUAAAGAAUUAAGAUUGGAUUAAAAGGAAGAUGAAUAUCGUUCAAUUCUUGGAGUUUAAAAUGUUUAAGAAUGGAUUCAAACAUUUAAUAUAGGUUUCAUUAUGCAUAUGACUCCAUAAAUUUAUGAAGAUUUCUCAUCUCAAGGAGAAAUGCUCUAUGAAAUAUCUAAGAGGUUGUUAUUAGAGAAAAUUAUAUAUUUAUCUAUCUCUUACUUUACUAUUGCAACAGAAUUAAGAUUUAUCGAAUUAGAUAAAGCUAAAUAAUAAGGAAUUAAAGAUAUUAAUACUGAAGAAUUUAAAUUAAGUGAGUUAUAUCAUCUAAAAGCAGUUGAAAUUGCUUGUAAAAAUAUUACUUGUUCCUCUCCUUAUAUUAAUCAUUUGAUAACUAGUUAUCAUAAACAUUAUAAUUCUAAUUUAGAUACUAUUUAAGAAGAAUCUAUGAUGUCGAUGGUAUCAGAAGUUAAUUAUAAAGAGUAAAAAUUAUAAAAACUAAAAUAAAUGUAAAUUCAAACCUAAAGAGAGAAUCAAUCAAUAUUAAAAAAUUUAGCUGAAUUAAAAUUAAAUGAUUCAUCUCCUACUGGUAAAUUAGUUAAUUCCUUUUUGAAUUAAUAAUCUCCACUUAAAACUAAUAGAAAUAUUAGUGAUAAUGUAAAACCUUAAACAAAUUUGAUCGAAUAGAUGAUAAUUAAUAAAAAACGAUAAUAAAUGCCAUCAGAUAUGUCUCCUAAAUAAAAAAUAUAGUUUUUCAAUGGCACAUCUAAUAAUAGUUGUGAAAGAAUGGAUGAAAAAGUAUUAAAAGCAUAAGAAACUUUACCAAUUUAAUUAUAACCAUAUAAAUCAGCAAAAACUACUUUUAAUAAUCUUAUUAAACAACCAUAAAAUUCUUAAACAUCAUCUACUAAUUAAAAUAAUAGUGGAAUUUUAAAAGCUUUUUUCUUUGAUAAUUGUAGAACCGAAAGAAUGAAUUCAAGUUCAAAUUAAUCUCCCAGAAGAGUAGGUAGAUCACCUGAAAAAUCUCCAGAUCGAUCUUAACUAUCCUUAAAACCUAGAGCUUCAUUUAUGACAAAUAAGACUCCAUAAAAUAGACCUAGAACAGAUACUGAAUAAUGUAAAUUUUAUUGAAUAUUCAAUAGAAUGUCAUAUUAAGUUUGAAACUAUAUAGUAGUUACUAAGAGGGCAAUCUGGAAAUAACUUAAAAAGAAAAUGA